AUGGAGCUGGAGCGGUACUCGGUGCCCACCUCGGCCGCCCACUGGACGCGCGAGUUUCAAUUUAUCCUCGAGCAGCUGUUCCUCAAUUCGGACGGCUUUGCCGUCCACCUCGACCACCGCCAGCCACUGUUCAUCCGUCGAGAUGCAAAUGGAAACGCCCCAGAGGCGUUGAUCUGCUUCAGCACUGCCGUCGACAACCACUACUACCCGAAGCGACUGCUGAACACCACCGCUGACCUGGACCUCAAGUUGAGCAUCUUCUCCGCCAAGAACACCCGAGUCGUCACCGACCACGUCGUCCACCGUUCGGGAUACAUUCCCAAGCCAACGGCUAUUCCAGCAGACCUCUCGCUGAUUCGCAGCCCCACCUUCACCAGCGACGGCAUUUUUGACCUAUCUCACGUCGGCCUGAACAUCUACUCUGAGUCGACCAUCUCCAAGUACAUUGAGAACAUCACCUCCAAAUACUCCCUCUCUCCAAAGAGCCAGUUCCUCAUUGAGCGCUACAACUGGCUCAACUACAGCCACGGCUACGAGGUUGACAGCAAAACUUUUCCCAACAUGAGCUCGUUUGCAGACGGCCUGGCGGCAAAGGGCGUCCGCCUGGGCGGCAUGCUCGCCGGGCCGACGUUGUCGGUAAAUGACAAGGCCCAUCCCGAGUACCGGAACUACACGCUGCACACUGCCGCCACCAACUACCCCACCUGGACGCUGGACUUCACCAAACCGGAAACGGUGGCCUUCUACUCGGCCCUCCUCGCCCGGGUAGCCAAGCAGUACCGGGUGGCCACCUUCUGGCUGAAGUCCUUCAUCUUCUGGGGCGACGACUGCAACUUCCACGACCCGGCGGUGACCCGGUACUUCAGCCUCUUCGUGCCGGCGUACAUCGAGGCGGCCAGCCGGUCAAAUGUGACCGUCAUCUCAGAGAUGGCCUACCGCAGCCAGCACCUGCCCGCCUACACCCGCCUGGUGGAGUACUACCCGACCUCGGCCGGGCAGAUGCUGCGAGAACUGGUCCCCAUGAUGCUCUCCGCCUCCAUUUCCGGCUACUCCUUCCUGCUGCCCUUUCCGGCGGGCACCUUCAAUGACUACUUCAAGUGGUACAAGACCUUCCGCCGGCCCUCCGAAGAGCUGUACAUUCGCCUGCUGCAGGCGACCACCUUCAUGGCCGGCCAAUCGUUCACAAGGCCGCCGUGGAAUUACACCGAUAAUAAGGCGGUUGAGCUGACCAAGAAGUUCAUUCACCUGCACGCCGAGCACGCCGAGACCAUCAUCGAUUUGAUGAAAAGGAGAGUGGCCACCGGAAGUCCGGUGCUGCGACCAGUCUGGUACAACUUCCCCGAGGAGCCGAGGGCCUAUCACAUUGGCGACCAGUUCAUGCUAGGGGAGAAUAUUCUCGUGGCGCCGGUCACCGUUGAAGGGCAACGGGAGCGACCGGUGUUCAUUCCUCCCGGCAAUUGGGUCGACCAGCACGGAAAGACCUUCAAGGGGCCGGUGGAGGUGAAGGUACUCGCUCCGCUGGAGGAGUUGCCGUACUUUAAAAAGGCAGAGCAUUUUGAAUAA